AUACAUGGGUUUUCCCAUUAAUAAGAUUGUCCAUUACUUUUGAGUCAGAGGAUAAUAUUUGCACUUGCUUAAACUUAUUUAUUAAUCAGGAAUUUCAUAUCAGUGGUAUCUACAUCGGGCUGAAUUACGUAACAUUGAUUUAGUUGCAGGUCUUCCAACCACAUUUUUCAACCUCUUAAAACUAACCAGCUCCUUUUUAGAACCAAGUUGGAGGAGGGAAAGGUCUUCCUGCCUUUCACAAGACUUAAAUCAUCAGGUUACCUCUUCUUUGGGCUGUUUUUAUGUUUGCAUACAAAACUGUUGGAUUUUGAAGUCUAGCAGAGAAUUGCAUUUCAUUAUCCCUGUGAAAUUAUAUCUAAAUUUUGAAGGGGUUAUUAAAAAUUGUAAAAAUCAGUGUACGUGUCUUUAAUAACAACUUUUGAAAAAAUGUUUCCCUUUUGCAAAAAGGACUUACCCUCCAAAGAUUCUGUAUUUCACACCUUUGUCUGAGGAUCUGCCAGCUUUGUUCUGGUCAGGCUCUAAAUUUACAGAUGAUGGCUGAGGUGCUCCAGGUCAAGAGAAGAAACAGUUGGCUGGAGUGUAGGAAGUACAACAGCAGAGAGGAAAUGAAGUCAUGUGUGAGGUUAUGACAUCUAGUGAAAGCUGGAGGACCAGUAUUUAGACUAUUUGUGGAAGAGAAGGAAAAAGCUGUAACUGGGGGAGGCUGGGGAAAGAGCAGUAGUAGACAUGGAUCUGCUGAAAAACUGUCUUUUGAGUGAGAAAACCGGCCAAGGAGACAUUAUGGGGAUUGAGAUCAGGCUUGAGCCCAGAGGUGGCAAAGAGGAACUGGAACUGCUUGGGUGAACAAGGGCGGAAAAGACAGGAAAUCCUGAAAGAAUUAAAGAAUGGGGAGAUAAGGAGAGAAUGAAGAAUUUGAAAUGAAAAUAUGGAAGUUGUAUUUCAUGGAGUCAUCAGAAACAGGGCUGUGUAUUUGAGUGGGUUAAACUGACUGGGAUAAAACAGUCGAAGGAGUGGGAAUUCAGAAAGAAUAAGACAUUAACAGGAAACUGGGAUGAGAAACACUAGUUAGAAGGCAGAGGAGCUGGAAGAGCAUGUGCCUACAAGCACAGACUAGAACUCUGAUAAUUUUUCCAACUGGCAAGUGUCAGUGAAAUCAAAUUAUAAAACUUACUCUUUUUUCUCCUGCAAAUGUUUUACAGCAGAGGAGGUGGCCAGAGGCCAGAUGUUUCUGUUCUGAAGCAGUUAGGAAUAUUAGUGGUAAAAUCCAUAUGAGGAAGUUUUGCUGAGUUUUUAGUUUCUUUGACUUGGAGAGCUACACAGGUGUAAAAACUUAACAGCAGCAGCUUUGGAAAAUGCCAGAAUGAAUGUUGAUUUUAAAAAACCUCACUGAGCCCCAUCCUCCAAGAAUCUAAUCUAACUUUUCCCUGCAGGGAUUCUUUUUGGAAAAUGCCAAGCCGGAGGUAUGCUGAUGGCGAGGUGGUGAUGGGCCGUUGGCCAGGAAGUGUCCUGUACUAUGAAGUACAAGUGACCAGUUAUGAUGAUGUUGCUCAUCUUUAUACUGUCAAGUACAAAGAUGGAACUGAACUUGCACUGAAAGAAAGUGAUAUAAGGUCUCAGUCAUCAUUCAAGCACAGGAAGAGCCAGUCUUCUUCAAGUUCUCCCUCCAGAAGAAGCACCAGCAGAUCUCGAUCCAGGUCUCCUGGUCGGCCAGGGAGAGGGAGGCGUCGUUCUACUUCCCAAAGCAGAGAACAUAAAGAUGACAAAAAGAAAGCCGUUCAGGAAACCAGCAUAGCUCUACCAGCGAAGCCCAGUGAGAAUAACACCAAAAGGUACAACGGUGAACCUGAAAAUACGGAAAAAAAUGACACAUCCUGCAUAAUCUUGGAGCAAAAGUUAAAACCAGACCUGGAAGUAAAGCACUUUGAACAGUACAGCCUGCGUUCAAGGAAAGAUGAAAAGAAGAAAGAAGAGACAUAUUCGGAGAAAAAGAUAUUUACGACAUUAAAAACAAUUGAGAAAGCACCGUCAAAAACAAAGGAGCUGGAGUUUGGGGGAAGAAUUGGGACCUUCAUGCUGAUUUUUCUCCUGCCUGCUACUGUAUUCUACUUGCUGUUGAUGUGUAAACAAGAUGACCCCAGUCUUAUGAACUUCCCUCCUCUCCCAGCACUUGAAAGUCUUUGGGAGACAAGGGUGUUUGGUAUUUUUCUUCUAUGGUUUUUCCUUCAAGCUCUGUUCUACUUGCUGCCAAUUGGAAAGGUUGUAGAAGGCCUCCCUCUUUCAAAUGGAAAGAAACUACAGUACCGGAUAAAUGGGUUUUAUGCUUUUAUUUUCACUGCUGCAGCUACUGGAAUUUUAUUAUACUUUCAAUUUGAACUUCAUUAUUUGUAUGAUCACUUCCUGCAGUUUGCAGUGUCAGCUGCAGCUUUUUCUUUGGCAUUGAGCAUUUAUCUGUAUGUUCGGUCCCUGAAAGCACCUGAGGAAGAACUAGCACCAAGUGGAAAUUCUGGGUAUUUCAUUUAUGAUUUUUUUAUUGGACAUGAAUUAAACCCUCGUAUUGGCAGUUUUGACCUCAAAUACUUCUGUGAGUUGCGUCCAGGAUUAAUUGGCUGGGUUGUUAUAAACUUGGCAAUGCUCUUGGCUGAGAUGAAGAUACACAAUCUAAGUAUGCCAUCCCUGUCAAUGAUACUUGUGAACAGCUUUCAGCUUCUGUAUGUGGUGGAUGCUCUUUGGAACGAGGAAGCCGUUUUGACUACAAUGGAUAUUACCCAUGAUGGAUUUGGAUUCAUGCUGGCAUUUGGAGAUUUGGUGUGGGUUCCAUUUGUCUACAGUCUGCAGGCCUUCUAUUUAGUGGGUCAUCCUACUGUGAUUUCUUGGCCUGUUGCUGCCGCAAUUGCUGUUGUGAACUGUAUUGGGUAUUACAUAUUCCGUAGUGCAAAUUCUCAGAAAAAUAAUUUCCGAAGGAAUCCCGCAGAUCCCAAAUUGGCCAAUCUGAAAUUUAUACCCACUGCAACUGGAAAAGGACUUCUUGUCACGGGUUGGUGGGGUUUUGUUCGUCACCCUAAUUAUCUCGGUGACAUCAUCAUGGCUCUAGCAUGGUCCCUACCCUGUGGUUUUAACCACAUUUUGCCGUAUUUCUACGUGAUAUAUUUCAUCUGCUUGCUUGUUCAUCGAGAAGCUCGUGAUGAACAUCAUUGUAAGCAAAAAUAUGGAUUGGCAUGGGAAAGGUAUUGCCAGCGUGUACCAUACCGCAUAUUUCCUUACAUCUACUAGAGCACUCCAGAUUCCUGAUUGGAAAGUUACUUCUAAAGUUAGUUUCUUUGCAGAUAAAAUAUACCUCUUACCUUUGCACUUGGUCAUUUGUCAUUUAGGCUUUUAAAAAAAAAAAAAGGCCAAACUUUGGAGUGCAUCAAAGGUAUUUACAAGUAAACUUAAAUACAUGAGUUAUGUGAACUGACUGGCUGUGACUUCAAUUCUUAAAAUAUUGUGAAUUUUAAAAACUCUUGGAGCCCUAAUUUUUCAAGCUAAAUUUUAUCUAGAAUUCCGAGUUUACAUUUUUUUUUUAUUGCGUUUAAUUAAGCACUGUGAUGUAAAGUAUAUUAUUUUCUUAAUACAAUAAAUGCUGAAAUUCCAUCCA